GUCCGAGCGCAACCCCCAGUGGACGCGUCCGGACCAGCCAUGGCACCGAAGCGGCGCCGAGACGAAGCUGAGAAGGCGGAGGAGGAGAAAGAACCGCGACGUCUCCGCCGCCAACGUGAUCCGUGUGCUCCUCCUGCUGAAGCUGAUGGGCUUCGAGCGGCCGACCAAGCUGCAGCGGCCGCCAUGGCCGCCGGCGGCGGCGGGGCCGGGCUGAGAGCCUGAACGGCGCUAGCAGGGCGUGGGGCUGAGGGUGCACGUGUCGAUUGGCGGCGAGUGACGUGACUAGUUUGUUAGCUGCGGGUUAGCACGGACUGUGCACCCCACCCAACCGGCCAUGUCCGGAUUUGCGGGGAUGCCAAAGGCCCCCAACAUAGAGGCGUGUGCUUAGUAGGCGCCCGCGUCAAGGUGGCUGGGUUGAUAACGACCCGGGAUCAGCCCUUUUCCUGCCAUAAGGCAGCCACCUCCUUGUUGCCAGAAGUGUUUGGACUAGCGCAUAUUCGUUGCCCUAGCAGGGUGCAGCCUGGUACUACAUGCUUAUACUGCUUUUGUGAGGACAAUCUGGGGCGGGGGUGUAGACCUCAUCCGGCUCAAGGUGAUUAGUGAGCAUUGGUGAUUGCCUUUCCCGAGCUCAAUCCGCUGCAUGUUAGCAUGUACAAUUGGCUGGAAGGGUUUAGCAGGCACGAGGUGGCAAUGAAUAGUAGUUGUACGUUGGCGGCUGGCCCCACCUCCUUGUGCAGGAACUGGCCGUACUUUACUUACCAGCUCGUGGCGGAGCCAGCCCUGUCACAUGCUUGCUGUCCAUUGUCGCAGACCGCUGCAGGCGGCUUCUGGCACACGUUGCUGCUUCCGCCGCCAUUCAGGCAGGCUCACAGUUAGGUUGAACUGAGAUGUAAAGAUACGCUGUCGGACUCGCGCUGCGGGCAUGUGAGCUGACCGCGGGCGAGUGGCAGCGACGCGCUUGCAUGCAGUACGCCAGCGUCCGGUAGCCACGUAGGGCCGCAUCCACUCCAGUGACAGGCAGACCCAGCAACUGACCAGACUGACGUCCAUGCGCCAACCGGAGUACCGGUACCGUCACUCCUUAGAAGUUCACGGUAGCAGUCACAGAUCCAUGUAACAGUCUUAAACA